CACCGUAGAGGCGAUGAAACACCCGACUCGAUAAACCACCUCUGUUUUCUCCCCUUCAGCAACUGGUAACUCUCGCGUGGAUGACGAUCUGCUGCUGAACACACCUGACAUCUCUGAAGGAAGUGUUGGGGUGUGAUAUGGUGUCUGUCACCAUGAGCAGCAGAGAGGCACUACUGGAGGCACAAGACGAAGACAACAGGACUCGACAGAGGAUCGAUCCACGGAGGAACUCUAUUCCCCCGGCACAGACGUUGACGGCGAAACAUCUCCUGGCCUACCUCCCUAGACCGCCCCCCGACUCCGCCCGCUACACCCCAUACCCAACGAAGGUCCAGACAAAAAACGCCCUGGUAAUGCACAGCUCCAGGAGAGUCUCGAUCAUCCCAAACACAAGCAACCACAACUACUACAACUUCCCCAUGUUCCUGUCUCAGCAGGGGGUCUCCCCCAGUCAGCAGGGGGUCUCCCCUAGUCAGCAGGGGGUCUCCCCCAGUCCCAUAGCCCCAAACACCAGCAACUAUGACAACAUUCCAGCUUUAUCCCUCCAGCAGCCCAUCUCCACGCCCCCCUCCCAGGACGCCCCCGCCCCCCUGCAGGACCCGGACGACCUCCCCCCCGAGCCGGACGCCUGCCAGCUCGUCAUCCAGACCGAGCCGCUCGAACUGGCGCCGCUAGAGACUCCCAAACCCCAUCGCUCCAACCGGGGGCGCCACAUCAAACGCUUCAGCUCCAAGUGGAGCUGCAGCAGUCCCUCUGUGGCCGCGUUCAACCAUGACAACCACGGCAACCACGGCAACCACGGCGCCGAGGACGGGGCGGCCAGCGUCCCUGGAGACAAGGCUCUGCGGCAGCGCUGCAAACUCCUCGGGGACGAGCGCCCGUCGUACGGCACGGCGAGCCGGCAGCAGCGCCAGCGCUACGUCACCAAGGACGGGAAAUGCCGGGUGAACCUGGGCCCCAUCGAGCACAAGAGCCGCUUCCUGUCCGACCUGUUCACCACCCUGGUGGACCUGAAGUACCGCUGGUUCCUCUUCGUCUUCACCAUGUGUUACAUCGUCACGUGGGUCGUCUUCGCCGAGAUCUACUUCCUGGACGCCUGGCUGAGGGACGACGUGAACCACGUCGACGACCCGCAGUGGCUGCCGUGCUUCCAGAACGUGGACAGCUUCCUCUCCGCCCUGCUCCUGUCGGUGGAGAGCCAGAGGACCAUUGGCUAUGGGUCCAGGAUGGUGACGGCCAACUGCUCGGAGGGAGUGGUUCUCCUCAUGGCUCAGUCCAUCCUGGGAUCCAUCAUCGACGCUCUCAUGGUGGGCUGCAUGUUCGUCAAGAUCUCCCGGCCCCAGAAGAGAGCCCAGACCCUGAUCUUCAGCAAGCACUGCGUCAUAUCCGAGCGAGACGAAAAGCUGUGUCUCCUGUUUCGCAUCGGAGACCUUAGGGCGAGCCACAUGGUGGACGCCAAAAUCAGAGCCAAGCUCAUCAAGUCCAGGCAGACGAAAGAGGGAGAGUUCAUCCCCCUGGAGCAGUCAGAAAUCAAUCUGGGGUACGACACGGGGGGAGACAGGCUGCUGUUGGUGGAGCCCCAGACCAUCACCCACAUUAUCAGCGACAGCAGUCCGUUCUGGGAAACAGGCGCAGAGUCUCUGAAGAGACAAAGGUUCGAGAUCAUCAUCAUCCUCGAAGGGAUUGUAGAAGCGUCAGGUAUGACGUGCCAAGCCAGGACUUCCUACACGGAGGAGGAGAUACUCUGGGGUCACCGCUUUGAGUCCUGCAUGUCUCUCGAAAAGGGGGCGUUCCGCGUGGACUACAGUUCGUUUGACAAAACCUUUGAAGUGCAAAUGUCUUCCCUCAGUGCGAGACAGAGAAGCGAGGAAGAAGUAGUGUUGUAGGUCUGAAUACUGGAAAUCAAAUAAACAGAUCGCGCUUUAAAGAAAGAGUGUAAACCGGUCAUUGCAUCUAGAAGAGUUACUUCAAAAAAUCUCGUGAAUGCCAUAGGAAUGCAUCUCCAUCAUUUAGCAUUUUCA